ACAGCAGCUCGGACCUAUCGGACUGCCCCUCCGAACCGCUGUCCGACGAGCAGCGCCUGCUCCCCGCCGCCAGCAGCGACGCUGAGUCUGGCACGGGUUCUAGCGACCGGGAAUCUCUGCGAGUAGUCUCCGCGACGAGUCCCGCAGCUCGGGGGGCGCCGCUACUCAGCCCCGAGCCCCCCGUACUCCUCGCCGCGCCCCCCGCCGCCGGCGCUUUCCUCGGGGGUCGGAGCAGCCCGGGCAGGGUCCCCGCGGGGUCCCCCGGCCCCAGCGGGGCAGAGGAUGCCGGGGGGCGCGCGCCGCCAGAGCGAGGGGUGCCCGGGACCCCCAAGGAGCCCGGCCCGGGCGAGCAGCCCCCACUGGCCCCGGCGGUGGAGGAGGAGGAGCUGCUGCGGGAGAUGGAGGAGCUGCGCUCGGAGAACGACUAUCUCAAGGAUGAGUUGGAUGAACUCCGGGCUGAAAUGGAAGAGAUGAGGGACAGUUAUUUAGAGGAAGAUGUUUACCAGCUGCAGGAGCUCCGGCGAGAACUGGACCGUGCUAAUAAAAACUGCCGGAUCCUGCAGUACCGCCUCAGGAAAGCCGAGCAGAAAAGCCUGAAGGUGGCCGAGACCGGUCAGGUGGACGGCGAGCUCAUCCGAAGUCUGGAACAGGACUUAAAGGUAGCCAAAGACGUGUCUGUCCGAUUGCACCAUGAACUUGAAACUGUGGAGGAGAAGCGUGCGAAAGCUGAAGAUGAAAAUGAAGCCCUCCGACAGCAGAUGAUUGAAGUGGAAAUAUCCAAACAGGCCCUCCAAAAUGAGCUGGAGAGACUGAAAGAGAGUUCCCUGAAAAGAAGAGGCAGUCGGGAAACAUACAAAGAAAAGAAAACCUUUAACCAGCAGAGUGGUGGAGCGGAGCGCCUUGGGAACUGCAGGUCUGCAACCAAAACUCAAAGGAAACUGGCACCCCGGCGCAAGGAUGACAGUGCCGAUUUGAAAUGCCAGCUUCAGUUUGCCAAAGAGGAAGGCUCCCUGAUGCGCAAAAAGAUGGCCAAGCUGGGCAAGGAGAAGGACGAGCUGGAGCAGGAGCUCCAGAAGUACAAGGCCCUGUAUGGCGACGUGGACAGCCCCCUGCCCACCGGGGAAGCCGGUGGGCCACCCAGCACCAGGGAGGCGGAGCUGAAGCUGCGGCUGAAGUUGGUAGAGGAAGAAGCCAACAUCUUGGGCCGGAAGAUCGUGGAGCUGGAAGUGGAGAACCGAGGCCUCAAAGCAGAGAUGGAGGACAUGCGAGGCCAGUAUGAGCGAGAGGGUCCCGGCCGGGACCACCUCCCAAGCAUUCCUACCUCACCCUUCGGCGACUCCCUGGAGUCCUCCACGGAGCUCCGCCGACACCUGCAGUUUGUGGAGGAGGAAGCGGAGCUGCUUCGAAGGUCCAUAUCUGAGAUCGAAGACCACAACCGGCAGCUAACACAUGAGCUGAGCAAGUUCAAGUUUGAACCGCGCCCGGAGCCCGGGUGGCUGGCGGAUGGCGGAGGCAAGGGCAUGAAUGGUGGGGCUCCCCUGCAGGAGGAGCUGAAGUCCGCUCAGCUGCAGAUCAGCGAGCUGAGCGGGAAGGUCCUGAAGCUACAGUAUGAGAACCGGGUGCUGCUGUCCAACGUCCAGCGCUACGACCUGGCCGCCCACCUGGGCCUGCGUGCCCCGAGCCCCCGGGACAGCGACGCCGACAGUGACACGGGCAAGAAGGAGAGCGAUGGGGAGGAAGGCCGCCUGCCCCAGCCCAGGCGGGAGGGCCCCAUUGGCGGGGAGAGUGACUCGGAAGAGGUGUUGGAGAAGACGUCCGGCUUCAGCAGCAGAAAGCCGUCGGAGGCCAGCGAGCUGUGUCCGGCAGAGGUCCUGAGGGCCAGGGAGGACUCCGAGUGCUUGGUGAGCAUAAAGCAUGAGGCUGAGCGGCUGGAACGGACCAUGGAGAGCCUCAUCACGGACACCAAUGGCUUUGUGGACGACGUGGCCUCGCCGGGGCCUGGUGUUCAGGGGGAGGGGGACAGGAAGGGGCCCCAGCUGCUGGGGACCAUCAAUGCCAGGAUGAAGACUUUCCGGAAGGAGCUCCAGACCUUCCUGGAGCAGGUGAACCGGCUCGGGGAUGGUGUGAGGGAGCGCCUGGAAGGCCUGUCCCCCUUGCCCCACCUCACCGAGUCCUCCAGCUUCCUCUCCACCGUGACCUCCGUGUCCCGGGACUCCCCCAUCGGGAACCUGGGGAAGGAGCUGGUCCCAGACUUGCAGUCCAAACUGAGAGAUCAGAUGGAGUGGCAGCUGGGUCAGGAGCGAGGGGACGAGCGGGAGCACUCGCACCUCCGAGCCACGCGGGAGCUGCACCGCCGAGCCGACGGGGAUGCCCGGAGCUGCAGGCCGGGAGGCCAGAGCUGUUUCAAUCUAGAGAUGGAGGAGGAUCACCUCUACGCCCUGAGGUGGAAGGAACUGGAGAUGCACAGCCUGGCUCUGCAGGGCGCCCUCCCGGAGCGGACCUGGAGCGAUGAGAGGAAUCUCGUGCAGCAGGAGCUCCGGUCCUUGAAGCAGAACAUUUUCCUUUUCUACGUCAAACUCAGGUGGCUGCUGAAGCACUGGCGACAAGGGAAACAGAUGGAGGAGGAAGGAGAGGACUUCACUGAGAGUGAGCACCCAGAGCUCUACCCCAGGCCUGGGGAGCUUGGAGUCCAGGGGGACCCAAACAGGGCCAGCCCAGACCGAGAUGACGAUGGUCCAGGCUGCGGUUCUUCGGUGGGGGAGCAUUCUCCACACUCCCCCGUGCAGAUCGGUGACCACGGAUCACGGCUCCAGCCUGCAGAUGGAGGGCAGCUCCACGGGCAGGCGGUGGAGAACCAGCACCUGUUCAGCGCGCUGAAGGCCUUGCUGGAGGACCUGCGCUCCGAGCUGCGGGAGGACGAGUGCGCCCGGCUGCGGCUGCAGCAGCAGUACGCCAGCGACAAGGCGGCCUGGGACGUGGAGUGGGCCAUGCUCAAGUGCCGCCUGGAGCAGCUGGAAGAGAAGACUGAGAAAAGCUUGGGAGAACCAGGCUCCGCCACUGACAGCAAAGGGGCAUUCAGGAAGGAGAGGGAGACGCACCAGAAGCUCCUCGCUGACAGCCACGGCCUGGUCAUGGACCUGCGCUGGCAGAUCCAUCACAGCGAGAAGAACUGGAACCGCGAGAAGGUGGAACUCCUCGACCGCCUGGACAGGGAUCGGCAGGAGUGGGAGCGGCAAAGGAAGGAACUCUUGUGGAAAAUAGAACAGUUGCAGAAAGAAAACAGUCCCCGGAGAGGUGGAAAUUUCCUUUGUGAUCAAAAAGAAGGCAACAUCCGCCCUUUUGCUCCCCCGGGAAGCCCCUGCAUGCCCCAACCUCUGGGGAUGUGGCCCUGCACAGAAUCGGACCCGACCCCUUUUGAAGACCGGCCGCUCUCCAAGCUGAAGGAAUCGGACAGGUGCUCAGCCCGGGAGAACCUCUACUUGGACGCUUUGGAGGAUGAGCCACAGGAGCCUCCGGCCCGCGGGCCCCAGAAGGAGUUCAGGAACUGCCUCCCUCAGGAAGAAGAAAAUCACAAGGGAAAUCUUCAAAGGGCGGUGUCCGUGUCCUCCAUGUCUGAGUUCCAGCGCCUGAUGGACGUCUCUCCCUUCCUGCCGGAGAAAGGCCUGCCCGCGGCCAGUAGCAAAGAGGACAUCACUCCCCCCCUGUCCCCUGAUGAUCUGAAGUACAUCGAGGAGUUCAACAGCAAGAGCUGGGACGAGAGGCCUCCAGACCCCUGGGCAGGCAGGACCGAGGCGGGGCGGGCUGGGGGCGAGGCCAGUGUGGAGCCUUUCCCUGACUCAUCCUGGUACCUCACCACGAGCGUCACCAUGACCACAGACACCAUGACCAGCCCCGAGCACUGCCAGAAGCAGCCCCUGCGGAGCCACGUCCGCACCGAGCCGUCCGGGGUGCGGGUGCUGCACAGCCCACCUGCCGUCCGCAGGAUGGACAGCAUCGUGGUGGCCGGCGGUGAGAGCUCGGGCCACCCGGAGCCCGAGGGCCCGUUUGCUACAAGCAGAGCCCGAGGGGGCCCAGGAGACACUAAGGGGGGCCCCUCAGAACACAUGCUUAGCAGGUGGCCUUGUGCCCCUCCCAGGCAACCCCGAGACUAUGGGGAGGGAGGCCUGCGCCCCCUGGAUGGCACCCUCUGCCCCUCCCUGGGCUUCGCCUCCCCGCUGCACAGCCUGGGGAUAUCCAAGAACAUGAGUGACGACAUGAAGGAGGUGGCCUUCUCUGUCAGGAAUGCCAUCUGCUCUAGUUCCCCCGAGCCCCUGGUCAAGGACAUGGCCUGCCAGACCAAUGGGUCCCAGACCACUGGGACGCAGACUGUGCAGACCAUCAGCGUCGGCCUGCAGACCGAAGCCCUGCGCGGCAGCGCCGUCACCAGCAGCCCCCACAAGUGUCUCACACCAAAGGCAGGGGGGGGUGCCACGCCCGCAUCGUCUCCAUCCCGUGGCCUUAGGAGCAGGCAGGUGGCCCCCGCCAUCGAGAAGGUGCAGGCCAAGUUCGAACGGACAUGCUGCUCCCCCAAGUAUGGGUCUCCCAAGCUGCAGAGGAAGCCCCUCCCCAAAGCUGACCAGCCAAAUAACAGGACCUCGCCAGGGCUGGCCCAGAAGGGGUGCAGUGAGUCGGCCUGGGCCCGCUCCACCACCACACGGGAGAGCCCCGUGCACACCGCCAUCAACGACGGCCUCUCCAGUCUCUUCAACAUCAUUGACCACAGCCCCGUGGUGCAGGACCCCUUCCAGAAGGGGAUGCGGGCUGGGGGUCGGUCUCGCUCAGCAGAACCGCAGCCGGAGCUGGGCCCAGGCCAGGACACCAGCCCCAGUUCCCGGGGACGGUCACCCAGCCCCAUCGGGGUUGGCUCAGAGACCUGUAGGGAGGAAGGGGGAGAGGGCACGCCUGUGAGGCAGGACUUAUCCGCUCCCCCUGGCUACACGUUCACCGAGAGUGUAGCCCGGAUCCUCCAUAAGAAGCUACUGGAGCACGCCUUAAAGGAGGAGAGGAGGCAGGCGCCCCAAGGCCUCCCAAGUCUUAACAGUGACAGCCUCGUGGGAGAGACAGCCAAAGCAGAACCAGGGUCCAUCGAGGAACUACCUUGUUCUGCUCUAGCUCCAUCCCUAGAAUCCUGCUUCUCCAGGCCCGAGAGACCAGCAAACCGCCGCCCUCCAUCCCGCUGGGCCCCACAUUCCCCCACUGCCUCUACGGCUCCAUCGCUCGGAGACCCGACCUCCUUGGAGGAGUUCGGGGAGGAGGAGCCGCCCGGGGAGAAGCUGCACCAGUGACGGAUGCAAGUUUGCAUGGAUUAUCACAGAAUAAUUCACUGUAAUUUGCAUAACCACACCAUCAUCAUCCACCAAACUCUGCCCAAAAGGAGAGAUCUCGUUUUCCCAAGGUCAAAGAACGUGUUUAAAAAAACACACAGCUGCUGAAUGUUCAACCUCUGACCUGAGAUGUUUCUAGAACGAAACAGUAAAUGUGCCUGUAAUAACUUAAUUUUUUUCAUAGCUCAGAAAACUAUUUUUGUCUCCAUCUUUUUUACACACAGUAUAUUAAAAAAGGGUACAUAAGAUAUAAAUAAAUUUUAAAAACUAAACGUUUUAAAGAUGUACAUUUUACGAGAUCCUGAACACCCUCGCUCUAAGACUGACUGCCUCUCUGUUAAAUUUGCACUGUUACAUUUUGGUUUGCUUUAUUUCCACGUUGAAUUAGAGUGUCUUAAGUUAAUUUUCUUUUCUCAGUGUUUUUGAUUUUUAAGAAUUUUUGAAAACUUCAGACCGUCUGGUAAAAUGAACUUUUUGUAGUGAAAAAGUCAGGAAGCCAAUAGUCAAGACAGAUGCCCUGUAUGCUGGAGGGAACCCAUGUCAGCGUUUAGGAAAAGGGCACCGAGUCCUCAGCGGGGCUCACCAAAUUCUUUGUAUAAUCCACAUAUUCUAUCGACUUGCACGUCUUCGGGUUCGAGGCGCCGGGGUGCAUGUACAUACUGCUGCUGUGGGCUCGCCAUCGCCCGAGUGAGUCGUCCCGUUGUGCACAUUGUGAGUUCCCUCGUACUGUACUUUUGUCGUCUUCUUGCAUCGAUGAUACAACAUCCGUGGCUUUUUUAAAUUAUUGUUAAAAGAUGAACUGACAAUACGCAGUGUUUACUCAAAAUUUUCUGUUUACGGAAAAAAUAUUACACAUGAGAAUAUCGGAUUGGAACAAAGGAUGGUGGCUCGGAGUCUGUACGAGACAAUGAUGAAGUAGAAAUAAAGCCUUGACAUGAUGGCAGCCUGUUGCAGACCUGGUGUCUCACACACCCUCCGUCUCUCCUCAGGGCUCAAGAGGAGAGAUGCCAUAAACGGGAUCGAGGGACAGGGGAGCUCAUGGGAAAAGGCAACCGCUGCUAACGAGGCGUCUAUUGGAAUACGCUGAGUGCGUGGUGGUGUAGUUUCACCGAAUUGUAAGAGCCUCCUGAAGUAGAUAAAAAGGCAACUUCAUUCUUGUUGAAAAAGCCAAAAGGGGUGGGUGUGGGGUUGGGGGGUGGUGAGGACACUGGCUACCCACAAGUCAGAAUGUGCCAGCCUCUGUCCCUCUCCCCUCACUGGGAAAGCAGGAGUGGCCAGUGACUCCUGAACAGACGUUUCCAACCUGGUGCUGAGAUGGAUUUGAGAGAGUAGAAGUCUAUAAAAGCGACAUGCUGCCCAGAACACACGAAGGACUAUUUUAGGCUAGAUCUUCUGGCUUUAAUGUUUCAUGAAUGCAACAAUUCUCUUCUUAUCCACACAGGCUCCUAGAAUAAGUUCUAUUCUUAGCAUUAGCACAGUUCCAUCAUUAAAUAUUUUCAAAAAAAUGGAAAGCACUACUGAUACGGAUGUAGACUCCGUGGAACCUUGGUGCACUGUUGGUGGGGAUGUAGAA